AUGGGUUCUAAUAGCAACGAGGAUAGUGGUUCGAGGAACGGUCAAGAUAAUGAAAAUAGAACAGAUUCUGACAAACUUGGCAAUCAAGACAAUUGGAUAAAGAGUGAAUCUUUACCUAAUCACUUAGAUAGUGACUCUCCUGGAGGACCGAAGUUUAAUCAAAAUGCUCUAGUAUCGGAUGCUAUGGCUAAAAACUCCCGUCAAUUGCUUUAUGCGCAUAUUUACAACUAUCUCAUUCAACACAAAUAUUACGAUACAGCGAGAAGACUUCUGAACGAAGCAGACGUGCCCCUGUCAAAAACGUUAUCGGAUGAGGGACCGAAAGAAGAUGAGCUUCUCCAUGCAAAGAUGCUCAUGAACUCGAAAGACACGUUUCUAUUUGAGUGGUGGCAAUCUCUUUGGACCCUGCACGAUUUCGUAGAGUCACAGCCAACUGAAACCAUCAGUAGUGAUAGAUUUUUUCGGGAGCCUAUUACGCCUAUACUUCCCCAGCCUCCUUCCUCCACUCAAGUUAUGCCAUCGACGGGAAUAGGCCUCCAACAGCAACAACCUUAUAUGCAAGUUCCAAUGCCACCUUCACAAUUAACAUCCCACCUUCCGACCCAAAUGACGAUGGGACCUCCCAAAGUCAAUGACACAAAGGACAAGAAAUCAGCUGCUGCGGAUUCUCCUCCUAAAAAAUCAAACGUUACCUAUCCCCGCGUGCCCAAAGCAUCCACAAUUGCUAUGCAGUCUCAAAUGGCAGCUAAUGGUACCGCUGGUAGCCCUCAUCAAACUGGUGCAGGAGUAGGUUCGGCCAUGCACAAUGGACAGUCCAUCUUAACUACACCUUUAUACACCAAUUCUUCAUCAAUGGGCUUACAAGGUCCCUUGCCGAGCUCACAGCAGCCUCCGCCAUCUCAACCAAUGAACCAGCGUCCUAUGCAAGAUUAUCAGCAAGGAGUAGCAUAUCCACAGGCAAUGAUGGGCUCGCAAAUGGCACAUGAGAAUAUGAUGAUGUAUUAUCUGCAGCAACAGCAACAGCAACAGCGAGAAAUGAUGAUGGCACAGGGAGAAGACGAUACUAGAACGACGUCUCAAGGAAAUUGGGGGCCUACUCAGCAACAAUUGCAGGAGCAAUAUCAAAAGACCAUGCUAAUGAUGCAGCAAUCCCAGCAGCAGCAGCAGCAGCAAAAAAGACCACCUAUGUCACGAACGUAUUCUCAUCCGACGCAAGCUAUGAGUGCAAACCAGAUGGCACAAAAACAACACGCUAUGCAACAGUCGCGAAUGGAUGCACAAUUUCAGCAGCAAGGACAGCAAGGACAAAGCACACUUUCACAUCAACAGUCGGCACAGCAACAGUCGCUUUCCGCUUAUUCACGACACCGAUCACCAGUACAGCAGGGACAAUCUACGCAGUAUGUUCUGCCUCAGGGCGAUGGGGUGCCUGAUAAUGGUCUUUCUUCUAAUUCCGCGUUAAACAAUGUGGUAGAUCCCAGUAUGCAACAACAGUAUUUGAACAACAUGAUGAUGCAACAAUCUCAGAAUCCUCUUUCACCAGUUGGAACUCUAGGGACCAUGAACGGAGUUCCGACCAACUUUUCCGGCACUCAAGUUGGAAAUUCCGAUAAGUUUGCAGAUGGCAUAUCAAACGACCUACUUGGUUUUGGUAUUCCAUUACCACCUCAUCCAUCGCAGCCGAACUAA